AUGCUUAAAAAGAUCUACUUUAUUAAUAUUAUAUUUUUAAUAGUUAAAUAUGCCAGCUGUCAUAUUGAAAACUAUUUGGACAUAUCUCCCCUUUACAUUGAUGACUAUUCUCAUAUAAUACAGUUACACUCUGGUGCAACUGGAAUUUCAACAGAUAUACCUAUUAAAAAUAUUCUUACUGAUAUUCAUAAUUCAUAUGAUCAUACAAAUAAAAAAUUGGAAGUGGUUGAUUCUAAUAUAAGGUCAGACUUAGACUUAUCUUUACAAGCAUGCAGUCUAGGUACCAAAGAUAAACAUGUCACACCAAUAACUGAAAUAUCUUGUAAUGAGAGAUUAUCCGAUACCGAUAAGGAGAUCUUAAAUAUAUAUAGUAACCAUAAAGUGAAAGCUGACCCUUCUUUAGAAGGUCACUUUGCUGUGAGUGGUAAAAUUAAUCUUUCAAGCGUUAAUAAAGUGAUUUCAGAUACUAAUCCAGCGGAAGUAGGAUUUAAAGGUUCUAACAAUGUACCCCCAAUUCAGUUAAGUGAUUUUCGUAGCUCCAAUAUUGGAGUACACUCUAAUAUAGAUAUAAAUCAACCUUGCUAUGAAGGAGCAGAAAACCUCAUGGUUUUAUCCUCAGCUCCCACUAAUAAACUUCUCUCACAUAGCUCUAAUGUACACUCAGAUUUACCAAUAGUUCAAUCUAGUAAAUUGAGUUCAGCCUUAUCAGAUUCCUCAUUAGGACAUUCUGUAGGGCUUCCUACAGAUGACCAUGUGAUACCCUAUACAGAUAUCUCUCCUAAUUUGGAUUCGAAUUCUUAUUUAAAACAGUAUAUGGACCUAUUAUCUACAAGGAAUUUAGACACAAAAGAUUCAAGCUCCUAUACUAAUAGCGUACCAUUAGGGCUAUCUUCCGAGUUACCUGUAGAUACAAAAGCAAGUUCACAAUCAAAUACACAAACAACACCACCUGAUAGCUCACAUACCUCAUCAAAUACUGCAGCAUUGAGCCCAGAGGAUAUUGCGAAGAUUGCAAGUAGCGUUGGUAGUUCUUUACUUUUAGCUAUAGGUGGAGUUGUAGGGGGAGGAGCUGCUUACCGUCGAAAUUAUAUGAAACAAAAGGAAGAUAUUAGUAAUCAACUCAUUUCAAAGCUUAAAAGUCAGUCUAUAGGUAAUAUCACAGAAGUAAUUUUAGAAGAGAGUAAUCUGCCAGGUAAAAAAGAUAUAGUAGGUAUUGUAAGUACAGCAAGUAAAGUUAAACGUAGUUUGGAUAACAAGCCUGGCCUUAAUAGAAUGAUGAACAGAAGAAGACUAAUUGGGUGUUCCAGUACUGAGGCUUCUAUUGCCAGUAUAUUUACACUGGCUAAUCUAAUCCUCCCACUUGCUCAAGUGACAAGGACGAUUUCAAGUGUACGUACUGAUACGAAGGUAUCUUCAAGAUAUGACUCUUUAGUUCAUCCUGAAUAUAGACACCUACAAUACGGAACUGAUGCAGAGAUAAUAAAUGAAAUGAAAUAUCGAAAAAAAAAGAGAUAUGUUAAAAAGAAGUUACUAAUUUUACCAGAAGAUCUGGAGAGUUAUGAAGGUACUCAAGAAAGUACUCAAGAAGCCUUAACUGAAGGUUACACUAACCAAACUAAUACACAACAUGCAGAGGAUUUCUCCAAAAUCGAUAAUACGAGUAGUCACUUCGUUUUUCGUGAAAUUAACCUUAAUAGCCCUAACUCUACAGAAGAAAAAAAAAAUAUAACAAUUUCCCCCCCUAACCAGGCUUAUCGUAUAAAUAAAGUUGUUAUUAAAAGAAAUAAAAUAAGAGGAGAUAAGCAAAUUAAAGCAAGAAGCUCUGAAUUAGAUAUGAGUGAUAAUAUAAUAAAAGCCUCUGAUAUUUCCAAUUUAAUACAAAUACCUUUACCAGAAAGUGAAAUUCCUCCAAUGCAACACCUGCAUAUUCCAAAAAUAUAA